CUUUAAAGUUCCAGAACCCGCCUCUUAUCUUGGGGAGUAGUUCUCAUUCUCUCUUCACGAUGACUUCACUUUCUCUUCCAACUCAAUUUUCUUGCCAUCCAAACGCCUCUUCUCUUCCUUUUUCAUCCCAAAACAGAGCUCGUAAUAGGGUCCCCUUUCCGAAGAAAAAAUGGAGAAAUCGGUGGAGAUGCUCAGCCGCUGAGCAACCACAGCAACACCGGACCAAGAAGAAGAAACCCCAAGCCGAGGCAGACAAAGGAAUCGACCCUGUUGGAUUUCUCACCAAACUCGGCAUUUCGCAUAAGCAACUUUCUCAGUUCCUAAGAGAAAGACACAAAGCUCUGAAGGACCUCAAAGACGAAAUUUUCAAUCGCCAUUUGAAUCUCCAGGAGAUGGCUUCUGGAUAUGAGAUAUUGGGUAUGCAUCGCAAUGUUCAACAUAGGGUGGAUUUUAUGGAGUGGGCUCCAGGUGCUCGCUAUUGUGCACUGGUUGGUGAUUUUAAUGGGUGGUCACCAACAGAAAAUUGUGCUAGAGAGGGUCAUUUUGGCCGGGAUGAUUAUGGCUACUGGUUUAUCAUUCUUGAGGAUAAAUUGAGGGAGGGAGAAAAACCGGAUGAACUCUAUUUUCAGCAGUAUAACUAUGUGGAUGACAAUGAUAAAGGUGAUAGUGGUGUUACCAUUGAAGAACUUUUUAAGAAAGCAAAUGAUGAGUAUUGGGAGCCUGGCGAGGACCGGUUUAUAAAAUCACGUUAUGAAGUUGCAGCAAAGUUAUAUGAGCAAAUAUUUGGCCCCAAUGGACCCGAAACAGAAGAGGAACUGGAAGAAAUACCAGACGCUGAAACAAGGUAUAAGGCAUGGAAAGAACAGCAUAAAGAUGAUCCCCCCAGUAAUUUACCUCCUUUUGAUGUGAUUGACAAUGGAAAAGAAUAUGACAUUUACAAUGUUGUGGAUGAUCCUGUAUGGCGGGAAAAAUUUCGUGCUAAGAAGCCUCCUUUGGCUUACUGGCUAGAGUCACGUAAAGGUAGGAAGGCAUGGUUGAAAAAGUAUACUCCUGGAAUUCCUCAUGGAAGCAAAUACAGGGUCUAUUUUAACACUCCAGAUGGGCCUUUGGAGCGAAUUCCUGCAUGGGCUACUUAUGUGCUACCAGAUGUAGAUGGGAAGCAAGCUUUCGCAAUUCAUUGGGAACCACCACCUGAAUCUGCACACAGAUGGAAAAACAUGCGUCCAAAUGUGCCAAAGUCUUUGCGCAUAUAUGAAUGCCAUGUUGGAAUUAGUGGAUCAGAGCAAAAGAUAUCCUCUUUCAAUGAAUUUACUGAGAAUGUCCUUCCUCAUAUAAAAGAAGCUGGAUACAAUGCAAUCCAGUUGAUUGGAGUUGUUGAGCACAAAGACUAUUCCUCUGUAGGUUAUAAAGUUACUAAUUUGUAUGCUACUAGCAGCCGAUAUGGCACGCCGGAUGACUUCAAGCGCUUGGUUGAUGAAGCACAUGGACAAGGAAUGCUGGUGUUCUUGGACAUUGUUCAUUCCUACUCUGCAGCAGAUGAGAUGGUUGGGCUAUCACUAUUUGAUGGGUCAAAUGACUGCUACUUUCAUACUGGUAAACGAGGACAUCACAAGUACUGGGGUACCAGAAUGUUCAAAUAUGGUGAUCCUGAUGUGCUGCAUUUUCUUCUCUCAAAUUUGAAUUGGUGGGUUGUGGAGUAUCAAAUUGAUGGUUUCCAGUUCCAUUCACUCUCAUCAAUGAUUUAUACACACAACGGCUUUGCUUCUUUUACUGGUGAUUUGGAGGAGUAUUGCAAUCAAUACGUUGACAAAGAUGCAUUGAUGUACCUGAUUUUGGCAAAUGAAAUACUACAUGCUCUUCAUCCUAAUAUAGUAACAAUUGCUGAAGAUGCAACAUAUUAUCCUGGACUAUGUGAACCAACUUCUCAAGGUGGACUGGGAUUUGAUUAUUAUGUCAAUCUUUCUGCACCAGAUAUGUGGUUGGACUUCCUUGAGAAUAUCCCUGACCAUGAAUGGAGCAUGAGUAAGAUUGUGAGUACAUUAAUCGGAAACAGACAAUAUGCAGAUAAGAUGCUUGUUUAUGCUGAAAAUCACAACCAGUCUAUAUCUGGAGGGCGGUCAUUUGCAGAGAUAUUGUUUGGGGCCAUAAAGGAAGAUCCGCUCAGCUCAAAGACGACUUUACUUAGAGGGUGUUCUUUGCACAAAAUGAUCAGAUUGAUUACACUUACAAUUGGUGGCCAUGCUUACCUCAACUUCAUGGGAAAUGAAUUUGGGCAUCCAAAGAGGAUUGAAUUCCCAAUGCCAAGCAACAAUUUCUCACUUUCACUUGCUAACCGGUGCUGGGAUUUGUUAGAAAAUGAAGUGCAUCAUAAUUUGUUUUCUUUUGAUAAGGACAUGAUGAAGUUGGGUGAAAAUGAAAGGUCACUUUCAAGAGGUUUACCUAAUAUUCACCAUGUGAAAGAUUCUGCCAUGGUAAUAUCUUACAUGAGAGGUCCUCUUCUCUUCAUAUUCAACUUUCAUCACACGAAUUCUUAUGAAGGAUACUAUGUGGGUGUAGAAGAAGCUGGAGAGUAUCAAAUAAUACUGAAUACAGACGAAACAAAGUAUGGUGGUCAAGGACUUAUUGAAGAAGGGCAAUAUCUUCAGAGAACCAUUAACAGAAGAGUUGACGGUCUCCGAAACUGCUUAGAAGUGUCUCUUCCCAGUAGAACUGCGCAGGUCUACAAAUUAAGCCGGAUUUUAAGAAUAUGAGGCCCUUCAUGUUCUCAUAUGACCUUGCUAUGCAGAUUAUAUGAUUUCUCAGAGAAAAUAUGACAAACCUGGUGGACAUUCAUUAAGCUUGUAUGGCUUGUGUGCAUCACUUCCUUUCCUAGUCAGACGAAGACUGGAGUUGGUGGUGGAGUUUCAUAAUUCAGCAACCAAAUUAGCAUAUAAGGAAGAACUAUAGCUAUGGUCAUUGUGGGAGCUGCACACAACAAUGCUGCCAUGGUUGGACUGAUCACUUCUCUAAGAAGCUCUGGUACAUUUAUGCUGGAGACUGAUCUUUUCUGCCAAUUUGAAGGUAACAUAUUGGAUGGUCUUGCUGCUCAAAGGAAUUGCUCCUUUGGAGCAAUGGAGUGGAGGGCUUUGAGACACCACUACUUGACUACCCAACUUCUUGGUGAAUGUACUUGUUUAUAAAGGAAAAUGGUCUAUUGUGUUAUAAGAACAGACAAUGACUCGAGUUUUAGAGAACUGAGGCCACCAUGUAUCUCAUACAAGCUGGAGUUUGAAAUUAAUUAUUAUUUUAAUGUGCUACUUUAAGCUUA